AUGAACGAGUAUGGGUGUGGACGAGGGCCUAGGAUCUGGACGUAUACAGGCCUUGCGAUAAGGAUGGCAAUUGAGAUUGGAUUACACAAAGAGAAGGUGUUCGAAGAAGGAGCCAAUCCUUUUCUUCCUCUGGAAAAAUGGUACUGGUAUGAAACUAGAAGAAAGGUAUUUUGGGAAACUUUGAUGCACGAUAAGUUCACAAGUGCUGCUACAGGCAAACCAUCUGUCUUGGACCCAAAAGAUUGUGAAAUUAUGCUACCAGUGGAUCUUGAUGUAUUAGACAACACAAACGGGAACGACUUCUAUCAAGCAUCUUUGGAUAAAAAAAAGUUAAUUCAUUACCAUAUAGUGAGGGACGAAAUGACAAAUUUGAUUACGGGUAUUCAGAUGAACCCUUUAGAUACAAAUCUUGCAGAGCAUCGCGUAUACUUAAAUCGUGUUGGUUGGACUUCACAUAUUUUACAUGCAACUGUAUUACUCGGCAAAGUGUCACACUUUAUUAACAGUGGAAACGAUGACGCUAAACCCUUCGCUAUGUAUGAAAACAAUUUGGAAUUUGAGGAAUUAGACAACGCAUUGGAUGCCUGGGUGAAAGACCUACCGUUACAGAUAAAAAAUACGCCAGCCAAUUUAGAAAGGUACAGAAAUUCAAGUAACAUGAGGUCGACACAAUAUGUAUUGGGACACAUCCUGCAUAAUUCUUUGGUGGUACUAUUACACCGGCCAUCGUUAGUGGUCGCAGAUUUACCCGGGUUUAAUCAGGUUACACAAGAAACACAUGCCAAGGUGCAUAAAAGUCUAGAAAAAUGUCUUUCUGCAGCAAAUGAUGUGACAGUCAUGAUUAAAGAUUUAUGCUGUCAAAUUGAAAUGAUGCCCCCUUUUAUAUCUUACUCGGUAUAUACAACAGCUACUGUUGUUGUAAAUAAUAUCUUUACACACAAUGCUCAAGAAAAUAAGCUAGCCGAGGCAGCUUUAAAAGAAUAUUUCCGCUUUUUGUCGGAAAUGAAAAUAUACUGGGCUAUGUCCGAUAAGCUGUAUUUAAUGAUUUGUGAUUUAUAUGCGAUACAUCAAAAGGUCGUGAACACUUGUCAAAAUAGCCAAAUGGCAACAACUGGAUCUACCAAUUCAUCCGGCUCAUGGAACAAUAAUAAUAAUAACGACAAUGCAUUUUUAAGUACUUAUCCGAGUAAGGCAUGUGUUCCUAUAACAGAAAGAACGGUGAUAGACGCACCGCCAACAAAUGAUGCUAUGAAAAAUCAACAAGGUUGGAACACACACGACCUAAUGUUUCAGACUAAUGAUGAACAGGGAAGAGGCCGUUCAAUCUUUACUUCCCCUUCUAAUACAUCAGUUUCUGCUCCUUCUUUUGAUGUAUGGCUUCGACAACAACAACAAAAUCGGUCUUCUUCUUAA